GGCUGAGAAACUGAAGAUUCAACUAAAGGAGUUGUUCAAAUUUUCACAAGAUUUGCAGCCUCUUUCUGAGAGUGUGAUCCAUGCCCUACGAGAACAUCAGAGUCUGAAGGGAAAAAUGUUUAAAUUGAGCACAGAGAUUGAAACAGAGUUGAGGCAGCGCUUCCAAAAUUCCCUGAGGGAGUUUCAGCUGUGGAAACCAUCAGCUCAGCGACUCCUGGACACCACAGUCCAUGUUUCUGAUCCUGCAUUGACAGAUGCAUUCCUGCGUCAGAUUGAGAUUUUUCUGGUUGAAAGCUCCCAUCUUAAAGAACAACUCCUGAAAGUCCAGAUGAAAAAAGAUUUUCUGGGUAAUAUUUUCAAACAGGAGAGAGCAGAGUUACUCUUGGAGGAGGUUAGUGAUGCUACAAAGGAAUUAGAAAACCUGCACAAAGGGCUACUCCAGAGGAAAAGCAGGUUACAGGCUUUGGUAUCACAGCACAAAGACUUUGAUGCAUCCUUCAAGCUUCUGCAAACUCAGCUGUCUGCUCUCAGAGUCAAGCUAAAUGCAGAAAAACAACUGCUGCCAGAUCUUGUGGGCAAAGAAGCCCGGUUGCAAAGACUAGAGAGCAUUCAAGGACACCUGGAUGAAUGUGCAAUCCAAAUGGAAGAACUAGAGAAAUUUGUUCAGUCAGACCCAGCACAGAUGCAUAAAAUAAAACAGUGUUCUUCUGACUAUCAAAUACUUAAGAGAUCAUUGGAGACCAUGAUUGCACAAAGUAAGCAACAUAUUCAGAAACACUGGGCUUUUAAUGACAAAUUAUCAGAUCUCCAACAGUGGCUUACCGUGACCAAACAGAAACUGGAAUAUUACUGUGAUGCUACAACUCAUAAUGCAAUUUUGGACUUGGAGAGAUUACAAACUGAGUUUCCAGGUAGAGAGAUCCAGUUACAUCUCAUUGAAGCCCAUGGGCAUUUGGUUAUAAAAGACACUUCUCCAGAGGGAGCUGUUAAUAUCCAAACUGAAAUGAAGAAGUUGAAGGAUUCAUUCAAGUUUCUUGAAAACUUAAUGUCAAAGACAGCAGUUGAUGUGAAUAAGAAGAUAACCUGUUUAGAGAAAAUGCGAGUUGAAAAAGUGGAUGUUUCUGAGCACUUAUUGAGAAAAGUGGCUAGGGGGGAAGAUACCGAUGAGCUCCAACUUAUUAAGAACUUUGAACAAUGGUUGCAAAGAGAAAACAACAAGCUAUCUAAAAUUCUUGCCUUGAAUCCAUCAAACAAUGAAGAGGUCAAGGCAAGAUAUAGCAAGCUAAAGGAGCUUCAGUUAAGGGUCCCUGAAGGUCAACAUCAUUUUGAAGAACUUCUCCAUCUUCAACCAGUUGGCCGGAACUGGGAUGAACUAGAGGAAUUGCGUUACCAAUGGAUGCUCUACAAGUCCAAACUGAAGGACUCCAAUAACACAUUGAUGACAAGCUAUUUCAAAGAACCAAACCCAUUCAGAAAGGGUCGACCAGUUGUUUCUUGUCUCUACUGGGAAACAUGUCUUUUAAACACUCUGCCUGUUGAAAUCUCAUAAACCAAAGAAUUGGCUGAAUGCACAUGUGAGUAAUCAGUGCCCUUUCAAAACUCCUUGCCCUUUUCCAGGGGUGUCUGCAGGAUACGAUUAAAAAUGAAGGUGGCAGCAACAAUGGCACAAUCAAAACUCCACCCAUUUUGAAAUGCAUAUUGCCUUUUCCCAUGAUUAAAUUGUACAAAACAGUUUAGUGUAUGGAUUAAUUUAUGAAAAAUACUUAGCCCUGCAAAUUAUGCCUCAAUAUCACUGUUUCUAAAUGUAGGCAGACACCGAUGGGAGGAAAUACAUAUCUCUCUGUACCAUCACUCAUUUUCAAUUUUAAAAGAAUCUGCAGGACUAAAAACAAAACAGUUGUGGUGCAAAGCCUAAAAGGUGCAAACAAAAAUAAGAUAGGAAAACAAAACAAGGUUCCAAAAGACAAAAGAAGACCCAAAUAACUUGAAAACAGGAAAACUGAAUCCACACUCAAGAGAAAUUUGUCACAAAUCCAAUUGGGAAAAAAAACCUGCCAUGAUGCUUCAGCAUCAAUUCCUGGGCUUCCAAAUGAGUGCCCACUUCAGAUGCAGACAGCUGGACAGUCUAGUGCUAAGCUCAAAUUGAAAAUGUAUUUCCACUUAGUUGAUUCUUCAUUAUAGCAUUAGGCUGCUUGAUAACCAAAAUUAUCUGGGUGGAUUGCAAGAUUAAAAAAUAAAUGCACAAGGUUGAGUCGUAAUAGGAAUACCAUGGGAUUGCAUCGUGGAUGGUUUAGUUUUACUUUCCAAGGGGAAGCCUGCUGGUGACCUACAUCAGAGGCCUGGUAUGAGACCGGCUGUUUAAUAGAAACAUUGCCUUCUCUUUUUUCGAAAGGCAUUGUUGGGCAGAUUAUGAACCACUGUCUGUUUAUAUGCUUUCUUCACAUUUGGGUCACAAAACAUCCAGAUUGUUGACGAUGUGAUCACAAUCAAGUUACACAUGCUUUCACAUGCCUCUUGUCUAAAUCUGGGCUCCCCAAACUGCCUUUCAGACCUUUUGCCCCAUCUGACUUUUUAUGGUUUUAAAAAAAAACACUUGAUUUUUUUAAAAAUGCUGGCCUUCAACAACUAUAUUUAUUUUUAA